CGGACGCCAUUCCUAGUGGCGGCGGCGGCUCCUCGCAGCUUGCGGCGCGCGGGGACCAUGAGCUACGACUACCACCAGAGCUGGGGCCGCGAUGGGGGCGGCCGCAGCUCGGGAGGGGGCCACGGGGGCGGCCGCGGCGGCGGCGGCGGGCGGGGCCCCGGCGGCGGCGGCGGGCGGGGAGGCGGCCGCGGGCCGCACCCCGCGCACCUGAAGGGCCGCGAGAUCGGCCUGUGGUACGCGAAGAAGCAGACUCAGAGGAACCGGGAAGCCGAGCGGCAGGAGAGAGCUGUAGUGCACAUGGAUGAAAGACGAGAAGAACAGAUUGUGCAGCUGCUGAACUCUGUCCAAGCUAAGAGUGAGAAAGACUCUGAAUCCCAGAUAUCUUGGUUUGCUCCUGAGGAUCAUGGAUAUGGUGCUGAAGUUUCUGCUGAGAAAAAAACAAACUCAGAGAAGAAAGUUGACAGCCAGGAAAAAAAAUCAGUGAGCCAAGAAAAAAAGAUACUUAGAAUCAGGGAUAAACCCACCUUUGACCGAGAUUCUGAGUAUCUUUUACAAGGAAAUGAACCAGAUGUAACCCUCGAUCAAAAGUUACUGGAAGAUUUACAAAAGAAGAAAAGUGACCCUCGGUAUAUUGAGAUGCAGCGUUUCAGGGAAAAACUACCUUCCUAUGGAAUGCAGAAGGAGCUAGUGACUUUGAUCAACAGCCAUCAGGUAACAGUGAUAAGUGGCGAAACUGGCUGUGGCAAAACCACCCAGGUCACGCAGUUCAUCCUGGAUAGCUACAUUGAGCGGGGCACGGGCUCUGCGUGCAGGAUUGUGUGCACCCAGCCUCGGAGGAUCAGCGCCAUCUCUGUUGCAGAGCGAGUGGCUGCAGAGAGGGCAGAAUCUUGUGGCAAUGGUAAUAGCACUGGAUACCAGAUUCGUCUCCAGAGUCGUUUGCCGAGGAAACAAGGCUCCAUCUUGUACUGCACAACAGGAAUCAUCCUUCAGUGGCUCCAGUCAGACUCGCUUUUGUCCAGUGUUAGUCAUAUUGUACUUGAUGAAAUUCAUGAAAGAAAUCUUCAGUCGGAUGUUUUAAUGACGGUCGUAAAAGACCUUCUCAAUUACCGAUCCGACCUAAAAGUCAUUUUGAUGAGUGCAACUUUGAAUGCUGAGAAGUUUUCAGAAUACUUUGGAAACUGUCCAAUGAUACACAUUCCUGGUUUCACUUUCCCGGUUGUGGAAUACCUUCUGGAGGAUAUCAUUGAAAAAAUAAGGUAUGUUCCAGAACAAAAAGAACACAGAUCCCAGUUUAGGAGAGGUUUCAUGCAAGGGCACGUAAAUAGGCAAGAAAAAGAAGAAAAGGAAGCAAUCUAUAAGGAGCGCUGGCCAGAUUACGUAAAGGAUCUGCGAAGGAGGUAUUCUCCGAGCACUGUCAAUGCUUUGGAAAUGAUGGAUGACGACAAAGUUGAUCUGAAUUUGAUCGCUGCCCUGAUCCGACACAUUGUUUUGGAGGAAGAAGACGGAGCAAUUCUGGUCUUCCUGCCUGGCUGGGACAACAUCAGCAGUCUGCAUGAUCUCCUCAUGUCCCAAGUGAUGUUUAAGUCAGAUAAGUUUAUUAUUAUCCCUCUACAUUCACUGAUGCCUACAGUAAACCAGACACAGGUGUUUAAAAGAACUCCUCCUGGUGUUCGGAAAAUAGUAAUUGCUACCAAUAUUGCAGAGACUAGCAUCACCAUCGAUGAUGUCGUGUACGUGAUAGACGGAGGGAAAAUUAAAGAGACACACUUUGACACUCAAAACAACAUCAGCACGAUGUCUGCCGAGUGGGUCAGCAAAGCGAAUGCCAAGCAGAGGAAAGGCCGCGCUGGCAGAGUUCAACCUGGCCACUGCUAUCAUCUGUAUAAUGGCCUUAGAGCCAGUCUUCUGGAUGAUUAUCAGCUACCAGAGAUCUUAAGAACGCCUCUGGAAGAACUUUGUUUGCAAAUAAAGAUCUUAAGGCUAGGUGGAAUUGCUCAUUUUCUGAGUCGGUUAAUGGACCCUCCAUCAAAUGAGGCGGUGCUGCUCUCUGUGAGACAUCUCAUGGAGCUGAACGCUUUGGAUAAACAGGAAGAACUGACCCCUCUUGGCGUGCACUUGGCCCGAUUGCCAGUGGAGCCACACAUUGGGAAGAUGAUCCUUUUUGGAGCUCUUUUCUGCUGUUUAGACCCAGUACUUACGAUUGCGGCUAGUCUCAGCUUCAAAGACCCCUUUGUCAUCCCACUGGGAAAAGAAAAGAUUGCAGAUGCCAGAAGAAAGGAAUUGGCAAAGGAAACUAGAAGUGACCACCUGACGGUUGUAAAUGCAUUUGAGGGGUGGGAAGAAGCGAGGCGUCGUGGGUUCAGAUACGAAAAGGACUACUGCUGGGAGUAUUUUCUGUCUUCAAACACACUGCAGAUGCUGCAUGACAUGAAGGGGCAGUUCGCCGAGCACCUGCUGGGGGCCGGGUUUGUGAGCAGCAGGAGCCCCAAGGAUCCCAAAUCCAAUAUCAACUCAGAUAAUGAGAAGAUAAUUAAAGCUGUCGUCUGUGCGGGUUUAUAUCCUAAAGUUGCUAAAAUUCGACUAAAUUUGGGUAAAAAAAGAAAAAUGGUGAAAGUUCACACCAAGUCCGAUGGUCUGGUUGCAAUUCACCCCAAGUCGGUGAACGUGGAGCAGACGGACUUCCGCUACAACUGGCUCAUCUACCACCUGAAGAUGAGGACGAGCAGUAUCUACCUGUACGACUGCACCGAGGUCUCCCCGUACUGCCUGCUGUUCUUCGGCGGCGACAUCUCCAUCCAGAAGGACAACGACCAGGAGACCAUCGCCGUGGACGAGUGGAUCGUGUUCCAGUCCCCGGCCCGGAUCGCGCACCUGGUGAAGGAGCUGAGGAAGGAGCUGGACGCGCUGCUGCAGGAGAAGAUCGAGAACCCCCGCCCCGUGGACUGGAAGGACACCGCGUCCCGCGACUGCGCCGUGCUCUCGGCCAUCCUGGACCUGAUCAAGACGCAGGAGAAGGCGGUGCCCCGGAGCCUGCCGCCCCGCCGCCAGGACGCCUGGAGCAGCUGACGGCCCGGACCCCCGCCCUCCAUCGCGAGCCCCAGGACCCGGGCCCGGCGCCCGCCCGCCCGCCCGCGGGGGAGGGGCGGAGCCCAGUGCGCAUGCGUCCCGUGCCCCCGUACACCCCCCCCCCCCCCCCGUGCCCCGGGCGGGCGGUCUGUGACUGCCGUGCCCGCCAGCGUCCGCCCUCCUAGGGGAAACCCGCCUCCGCCCGCAGCGAGCGCCGCACGGCCGUCCACGGCCCCGGAGCGGCCGCCUGGGGCGGUGAGCGGGGCGGGGAAGGCGCGCGCAGCCGCGGGGCGCUCCAGCCCCGCGUUUAAUAAAGCGCCCGGGCCUCCGCCCACGAUCCAUCGCCUCCCGCCUCCGGGUCCUGCGUGUCCCGAGGGCGCUGAUGGGUGCGGUGCGCAGCGCCUGGGCCCGCGGCGGCUUCCCGCCCACUCCCGCCCCCCAGGACCUCCGCGCCCCGCCCCGCUUCGUGCUCUUUCUGUUCCCUCCCGGCCGCCCGGCUCCGCUUCCUCAC